AUGAGUGAAGAAAAAACUAACGAGCGUGCUUUGACUGCCAUUCCUUACCAUGAACUUGGAGCAGUGCAUCCAGACCAAAGUGUUGUUCGGCCUACAGAAAGGUAUUACAAAUGCGGUGGUGAAAAGGCUGCUGAUCUUCUGGCAAUGUGCAUUGGUCUGAAGACAUUUGACUUACGUGAAGCAGGCAACGUGGAAGUGGAGCCGUAUUGUUCCAUGAAAUUGAAGAAGAAGGUGGUACCAACGCAGAAGCAUUUCUGUGAGGAGAUCCGCCGCCGCUGCAUCCUAGAGGGCAUUAUUCCUGGACCGAAGUGUGGAAACUGGGAAAGGAAGAAGUGUCUUGGGUGGCUGCAGGCCCACCCACUUCAGAACUCUAACGAUCGUGCCUUUGUCAUUCAAGAAGAGAUGAAACUCUUCGAUCUGGUGAUGAGGGCCCACUGCCGUGAGGCACAAGAAGAGAAGAGUGAGAAUAAGAAGGAAAAGGCUUCGCCAUGGGUGACAACAGAGCCAUACGUACGCUUGAUUGAGUGUAUGUUGGACGAUUCCAUCCGCGAAAAGUUCCUGGAGAUGCACAGGCUGGGUGACAGAGAGGAGUUGGAUGCGCGCAAUUCAGAAGACAGGCCCGAAACGGUAUAUGAAUCAUGUGCCCGUUUAUUCAAUGACAAUGACCAUGAGGUUUUCUCUCGCUGCUUACCUGAUCUUCACUUUUCCUUUGCUGAAGUCUUGGAUUGUUCUUUCGAACACAUGCCAGGGGCCAUAACUCCCGAUGAGGUGAAGCGCCGCUGGGGUGACUGCCGUGCCAAAUUGAUCAAGAUCAUCGCGAAGUGGGAACUCAGUGGAAAUGGAUUUGGCCAGCGUGUUGAGGAAGAUGAGGCGUUCGGUCAUCUUGGAGAAGAUGAGUUGCAGUGUGGUGACAACAGGGCAAAUUUCCUAGACUCCCAAACCAAGGAGCACAUCCUGUACUUGUGGCAUGUUUCCGAUGACCAAGAAAUUCUGAAGAAUGUAAUGUCCGUUAUCUCUGAAUCUUGUGCCGCCAGUACAUUGGCCUGUUCUUCGGUGGCUCCGUCGGAUAAUGCCAGCGCUCGAAAGAGGAAGGCGGAUGAAAGAGCCCUUGGUUUCUUCCGUGCAAAGAUGAGCCUUGCCAUGCACACCAUGUCGCGUGCGGCUAUUUGGAAGGAACUUCGUGAGACACAAGAGAAACUUUUCGAGUCCCAGCUCAAAGUAAUGAAAACGAAAAGCACCAACUUGAGCGAGUUGUACAUGGGACGCAUCCGUAUGCUUGAAGCCAACUGCACAGCCAUCCAGGAAUGCCUUGAUACCUUGGAUUGCGAAGAUGCGAUGAAGCCCAAGAAAAAGAAGAAGAGGACCAAGACAGCAGUCCCUUUCCAAUUGGAUAUUGAGGAGCGCCAUGGUGGUUGGUUGUUUGUUCUUGCUUUACGAAAGAAAAAGAUUGUGUUGUGGUGGUGGCAACGAUGUGAGUAUUCUAGAAAGAGUGCUUGUUGCCUCUGGUGA